AUGGCUUCCAAUUCUCUUUAUGAUAUGCUUGUAAAUGACUUUGACUUCUUUGAAUCUGAUGAUGAUUUGGAGAUGCUCAAAGCUGUUACUACGGAUGAAAAACUACUAGAUAGUGAGAUAGGAUCAAGCUCACAUCGUGGUUCUGUUCGAGGUCGUAAAGUCACUCAUCGUGAUUAUAUUCAAGGUCAUGAAAGGCUUUUUCUUGACAAUUUUGCUGAAUCACUUGUAUAUCUUCUUGAGCUAUUUCGAAGGAGGUUUCGGAUGAAGCGUUCACUUUUUCUUCGAAUUCAAGCUGCAGUAGAAGCGCAAGAUCCAUACUUUCUCCAAAAAAGAAAUUGUGCUGGAAAGCUUGGUUUGUCUUCUCUUCAGAAGAUAACUGUUGCACUUAAGAUGCUUGCUUAUGGAGUAGCCGCUGAUUUUAUGGACGAAUAUGUGAGAAUUGGAGAAAUCACUACAAUAGAAAGCUUAAAAUAUUUUGUUAAAGCAAUUGUUGAUAUUUUUUCUAAUGAGUAUUUGAGGUCACCAAAUAGCAACAACAUCGCUAAACUACUAGCGGUUGGUGAAAGUCGUGGAUUUCCUGGAAUGCUGGGGAGCAUUAAUUGUAUGCAUUGGAAAUGGAAAAAUUGUCCGACUGCGUUGAAAGGUAUGUAUACUGGUCACAUUCAUGAACCAACAAUUAUUUUGGAAGCUGUUGUAUCAUAUGAUCUUUGGAUUUGGCAUGCGUUUUUUGGAUUACCUGGGUCUUAUAAUGAUAUCAACGUGCUAGAAAGGUCUUUUGUAUUUACUGAACUUGCUCAAGGGCGUGCUCCUACAGUCAAUUACACCAUCAAUGGUAAUGAAUAUACAAUGGGAUACUAUCUCGAAGAUGGUAUUUAUCCACAAUGGUCAACAUUUGUGAAAACAAUUCCUUCUCCUCAAGGAAAUAAGAAAUUUUUUUUUGCUGCAACUCAAGAGGCGACAAGAAAAGAUGUACAACGUGCAUUUGGAGUGCUUCAAGCACGAUUUGCAAUUGUGCGUCGACCGACACGUUUUUGGAAUACUAAAAUGCUUAAAUAUAUUAUGAAGACAUGCAUAAUUCUACAUAAUAUGAUCAUUGAGGAUGAACGGGAUGACAAUGGAGUAAAAGACUUCAAUUAUGAUCAAAUCGAUGAUAGUCCCCAUGUAACAGUGUUACAGGAGAGAACUACUGAACUUAUGAAAUUCAUUCAAUGUCAUCAUAACAUUAGAGACAGACAAACACAUUCUCAUCUCCAAUCGGACCUUGUCAAACACUUGUGGCAAUUACACAACGAGUUGUAA